AUGGAUGAUGCCAGAAACCUCCCAACCCGCAGCAAAUCCAAGCGUAUACGUUCCGCGAACCCAUCGAGCGACUCUUUUCGCGGGCAUCUCGCGACCACGGCCUCACCGUCUUCCCCCACCACAACACCACGCGCCGCGCGACCGGGUCUCGCAGCUCGAGCCAACUCGGCGCCCCUCGUGCCAGUAUUGAGCAAAGAUCCAGAGCCUCUUGAAGCUGAACCUCCCUUAGAUGUGAAUGUCCAGCGCGAUUCAGUGGCAUCGAUCAAGGACGAUCCGUUCUUCAGGAACUACCAAUCCCCUCAUGGGGCGUCGCUGGCCCGCGAGCUGACAUCUGCCACACACCGUGUUGAAGAUUUGCCAAAAGAUCUACAUCCAAGGCCAGGCAGGAUUCCAUCUGUGGAUAAUUCAGUGGACGCGCCAACACAAUCGAGAAGCGACAUGGCGGAUAUCAACAUUGCGGUAAUUGGGAGCGCCGGUGUAGGGAAGAGCACUCUUAUACAACGAGCGCUUGGGCUACGAGGUCUGCCCACGGCGAUUGCUUCAAGUCUACGAAUGUCUGUAGACAAUGUCGUAUAUACAGUCACCUUGGUCGAACUCGAACUCGAAUCUUUUGAUGUAGACCCCGAUGGUCGAAUUAAAUGGCCGAAACAAGUCAAUGGACAAAUUGUGCCCCAUAUGGAUGGUGCUCUCUUGCUCUACGAUGUCAUGAAUAGGGAAAGCAUCGCAGAAUUGCCUCAAACUUUAAAUGCUCUUGUAAACACUUCUUUGCCUACUAUCCUUGUUUCCUGCAAGUGCGACAACCCUGAAAAUGCUCGCCAAAUCGAUGUCGCGAGUAUGGAGUCGGCCUGUCUUUCCUGCGUUGAGGCUGUAAAGACAGCUUCAAAUGUUCCUGAAAGCGCGAGGCUUUGUCUUUCUUCCAUGCUUAGAGCUAUCAUGGCGUAUAGAAAUGCCAAUCCAGUAGAGGUAUCAGGCCCUCGUCGUCGAGCAAUCUCUUCAGCAAAUCUGAAAGAACCGCCAGACCCAAAAACUCUGAGACCUCCGAGCCAGCAGUCGAAGCAUAGCCGUGCCAGCUCUGAUUAUUCUCUUCUGGGGGGUUUUCCCUCGCCGCCGCUAGAAACCUCUAAAGGUCAACCUCCGCUGCCACGUGGUAGCGGGCGUUUCAAUCUUCACCCUCAUUCCUCGCCCUCUGCUCCUCUCGAAGCCCCGCCCCUUUCAUCACACCCAGCGUUCAGGGAUGAUCUAUUCCAGGAUCCUGCUGAUCUGGCUGGUAAGCUAGCACUGAGCCUACCAUCACACAACCCGAUGCCAACUCCCAACACCGGCAAAGCUGCAGAUAGUUCCUUUCUUGAUAUGGAAGAGUCAGAUGCGGAUUCUGUAUACCGCUAUUCGGAUGAUAUACCCAUACUCCAGCGCAACGACGAUACCUUUUUUGACAAGCCGUCUAAGGUGGCUGGUGUCACAUUUGACGAGCUUGUUGACCGACUUCUUAACCAAAGCAUGUCAAGGGCUGAUGAUAAUUUUGUCGACAUCUUCCUCUGUCUCUACAGAAAAUUCGCUGCUCCUGCCGAACUCUUUGCCGCGAUAUUAGCACGCCUAGAACGCAUUUCAGACGACAAGAGCAUGCAUUAUCUCACACGAACUGCUACCCAGCUCCGCGUCAUAGCUAUAAUUGCCAAAUGGGUUUCGAGCUAUCCAGGAGACUUUGGUAGUCCCUCGACGAACAGGAAUCUUAAUAACUUCAUUAAUCACUUGGCCAAGGAGCCGGCCUUCGCAGCUGCUGCGCAAGAAAUACGAGCUCAACUCCACUCUCGCGUUGUGCAGGAUGAUGAUACUGGGUGGGCCCGAACCGAUGAUGAUUUUGAGAAGGAAACUAUGAAUAACGCCGAAUCUGCUCCACCAUCUCCCCUGCGACGUAGAACGAAUCCUCGAAACGAUUCUGAAGAUGAUAUUACUAACUUACAUAUGGACGAAUUUGGGGAUGAUAUGGAACGCAAGUCGUCGACUGUGGAUUCAACGAGCUUAGCACGCCCGGCAUCGCCUACCCAUUCAUUGUCUCCGUCUUUCCACACCGUCGAAGACUAUGAGAGGGAGGCCGCCACCAUGAUUCCAAAAGGCACUCUACCACUUACAAAGUUUCGCUAUCAUAUAUUUAUGGAUACUUCAGAUGACGACUUUGCAGAUGAAAUGACCAGGAUUGACUGGGUGAUGUUUUCAUCGAUCCGGCUUCGAGACUUGGUGCGCCACGUCAGUCUGUCCUUGGAACAGAAGGAGAAAUGUAAGAGCCUGGCCAACGUCAAUCGAAUGAUCAGUCACUUCAACCAUGUUGCAAAAUGGGUUGCCAACAUGAUUUUGAUACGGGACAAGGCCAAGCACCGAGCUCUGAUGCUAGAAAAAUUCAUGAUGAUUGCUCUAAAGUUGCGACAAUUGAAUAACUAUAACGGAUUGGCCGCAGUGUUGGCUGGUAUCAACAGCAGCGCUAUCCAUCGCCUUACUCAAACUCGCGCACUUGUUCCUGCCGAUGUUCAGAAACGGUUUGCCCGGCUGGUCCUAUUGAUGAGCACUCAAAAGAGCCAUUUUGCUUACCGUCUAGCGUGGGAGAAUUCUUCUUUGCCCCGUAUACCCUUCAUACCUCUACACCGGCGAGAUUUGGUAUCGGCGGAAGAGGGCAGCCGAACAUUUGUCGGGACUAAUGGGGAGCGAAUCAACUGGAAGAAGUUCGAAGUGCUUGCAGAAGUCAUCCUGCCCAUCAUGAAAAGCCAAGUCGCACCAUAUCCGAACCUUUCGAAACAUGAUAUUGCUCGUGAACUUAUCUUGGAUUGCAGGAUGCCAGCGGAUGACGAGGACAUCUACCAACGCAGCUUGCAGGUGGAGAGCUCAUCUGGUGGUGCUAUGGAGUUUGGGAAGAAGAAAUUCCCGUGGUUUCAAAAGGAAAAAUAA